GCCGCGGUGCUGCUGCAGGUCUUGCAGUGUUUGUGGAGACCGGCACUGAGGCAAACGCUUUAAAGAUGGCUUCAGCUACAGACCCACGUUUUGGGCAGAAGGAGUCCUCGGAUCAGAAUUUUGAUUACAUGUUCAAGAUUCUGAUCAUCGGCAACAGCAGUGUUGGGAAAACAUCGUUCUUAUUCCGAUAUGCCGACGAUUCUUUUACUCCAGCGUUCGUCAGUACGGUUGGGAUCGACUUCAAAGUGAAGACAAUUUAUAGGAAUGAAAAGCGGAUCAAGCUGCAGAUCUGGGACACGGCCGGUCAGGAGCGGUACCGAACUAUCACAACAGCUUACUAUCGCGGUGCCAUGGGCUUCAUCUUGAUGUAUGAUAUCACCAAUGAAGAAUCCUUUAAUGCUGUCCAGGACUGGUCAACACAGAUUAAGACUUACUCUUGGGACAAUGCUCAGGUCUUGCUGGUUGGGAACAAAUGUGACAUGGAAGACGAACGUGUGGUACUAGCAGAAGGAGGAAAACAGUUGGCUGAUCAUCUAGGAUUUGAGUUUUUCGAAGCCAGCGCAAAAGACAACAUCAACGUCAAGCAGACGUUUGAGCGUCUGGUGGACAUCAUCUGCGAGAAGAUGUCGGAGAGCUUGGACGCUGCUGACCCUGCGGUGACUGGGGUGAAGCAAGGUACACAGCUGAACGAGCAGCCUGCCCCUCCACACCAGGACUGCGGCUGCUAAAUACCUCCCAGGAAACAGUCCCAACACCUCCUUUAUUUAUUUUUACCUCUCUCUCUCUCUUUCUCUCUCUCUCUCUCUCUCUCUCUCUCUCACACUCUCACUCUUCCUCUCCCCUCCCUCCUUCAUGUCCUGCCCUCCUACUGCUCCCUUCAAAUGCAAGGCAGACAAGCCGGCUCCCCUAUGGACAAAGCUGCCAGCAGGCCUGAGAAUGCCUCCCUCCCAAAGCGAUGCCUGGGGGAGGGUGCUGUGUGAUCAGGAUACGCAGGUUAUGGAGGGUAUAAAACAAAGCCAGGACAUUUCACAUUACUCACUCCCAACUUCCCGGCUCCCUGUAAUGACGACGCCCAAUAUGGCAUUUGUGACAAUCGUUCUUUGGUUGACGUGCAGUUGGUCUGACAGCCCUCUGCUUCCCCACCUAUCCCUGGGUUAGUUCCUGCAAUUACUUCUACCUGAGCAGGGAGGUUCAGUAUUUUUGCGGUGAAAAUUUGACCUUUAAGUUUAUAUGUGAAUUAUUCCCAUGUGAGAAUAUUAGUUCUUGUGCCAUCUCUGAUACAGCUUUACGAUUGUGUGUGUGUGUGUGUGUGUGUGUCUCUCUCUCUCUCUCUCUCUCUCACUUAUUUUCAGACGUGCACAUGCGCACAUAGAAAUAUUCCAACUCCCCACUCUGGUUGUGAGGGUCUACAAGGUACUGAGGGAGUGGGGUCUGCACUGUUGACUCUGCAGUGAUCACAUGCGCCUUUGUACAGCAGUAUCGCGAGGCUCACUCUGAUCGUUCCCUCAGUUUACAUGCACCCUGACUGUUAUCCUUUGAAUUAGCCAACCUAGGUGUCACUUUUGCCAGCCAAAGCCACACUGCAGCUCCCCAUCUGUCUGCAUGGGCCUCUCCGUGCACGAUCGAUAAGGCCCAGUAAGAUGCUGCAAGCAAGCUCUGGGGCUCAUUUCUAGAUGAAUAGAGAGGAAAGACAUGUUGUAUUAAACUGGUUAAACCAUACUCAAAGCAGCAAACAAUACUAGACUCCAUAACACACACAAGUUCUGGAGAAGCCACAAAAGGAACCCUCAGGGUACACGGAAGGAAGUUGUGCAAGAUGCAAUUUCAUUCUGUGGUAAGGAGGUGAAUGUAUGACAGGUAUUUAGGAUGAACAAAAGGCUUUGGCACUUAGAAAUGUUGCUUCUCCAUAUUAGACGAUGGAGCCAGAAUCCAUCCAUCUAAGAUGGUUGAUAGCAUUUUCUUUCCUCGGAGAAUAAGGAUAAUGUGGAGCUUCCCCUGAUGGAGAAGAGUUCAGGUGAACACCGGAGAAGGGUUUAAGGGGAAGCUGAUAGAACACAUAUGGGAGAGAGGAAUCGAAGGAAAUGGUAUGAAGUGAACCUUGAGGUACAUAACUGUUCCCUCACUCAGAAGGUAAUGAAGCUAUGAAAUUUGCUGUAUCCCAGAGUUAUGGAGGUUAGAUCAUUAGAGAUAUUUAAUAUGGAGGUAGAUAGUUCAGGGGUUUGAGAGUCAUGGGGAUCUGGUGCAGAGGAGAAGGUGAGUCUUGGGGUAGAUAAGCCCUGAUCAUAUAGAAUGGAGGGGCUAGCUUGAGGGGGGCAGGCAGAUUUAAGAUGGCCUCUGCAUCCAAAUGCCUUUUGUGACUUAGAGGUGAAGUGACUGGUCAGGCUGAUGUUCGGCCCCCAUCCUCUUGUCCUUGGAAAGCGCAGAGUGGUUUCAGAAUCUGGGCUUCUCUGGUAAAAGCAAAUCUUUAAAGGUUGGCCCCUGUAAAAGGGACGAUGGCUUAAAAAUCCUGGAGAGACUGGAUGUGGAGAGAUUUCUAUUAGCAGGAUAAUCAGGGAUCAAUGGGAAGAGCUUCAAAAUAAAGGGGCUUCCCUUUAGAACUGAGAUGAGGGUGGUGAAUUCGUGGAAUUUGUUGCCACACGAGGCUCUGGAGGCCACGACAUUGGCUGUAUUUAAGGAAAGAUAUCAGCUAUGAUUGAGUGGUGGUGCAGAUGUGAUAGGUCUAGUUCUGCUCCUAUACCUUAUGGUCUUAUCUUAAACCAGCUGAUUAUUGUCCUCUGGGUAAGCAAACCGCACAGGGUCUUCAUGUAACUACAGUGGCUCGCAAACAGUGAUUGCAUCUAACUGCCCUCGAAUGUGACUAAGCAAGUACUUGUUAUAUCAAACUACCUCAUCGCCAGGUGGGAGGACAGACUGCAGCAGCUUAAGAAUGGCAUGGCUCACCACCGCCUUCUCAGGGUAACGGGGCAUGGGCAACAAAAUGCCACUCCUGCCGGUGGCAGCCACCGCAUUCUGAGCGAGUUGAGUCACUUUGCAUUUUGCUGCUGAUUAGUGGCCUCAUGUCUUCGAGAGGUCCAGAAAUAGCCCGUUCCACGACCAGAACUGUUGAUAUAAUUAAUCAGCAAUUCGCAGAAGUAGCUUUCCCAGCAAAAAAGGGUCCUUAAGGUCAUGUUUGUAGCGCACACCUAGGAUCGGCGUUGCAGUAAUUUGCCAGGGUAGUUGGACAGCACCUGUAAUCCUACUGUCUUGAGGGACAGGGACAGCAGGUGCACCUGCACAUUCCCUGCAAGUCGUAGGGCAUCCUGACUUAGAAAUUUAUCGCUGCUCCUUCAGUCUUGCUAAGUCUAAGUUUCGGAACUCUAUUAAUAACCCCGGGAAUACAUUGAUCAGAAGAACUGCUGCAGUCUAAGAAGCUGUCUCACCGCCACCUUGUUGGGAGCAUUUAGCGAGGCUCAAUGACUUCACCAGCGUCACAUCACUGAACUUAAAAAAAAAAGCCUCAGGCCUACAAUAGCCAGAUGAUUUUUUAAAAAAAAAGCAUAAGAUGAUCAUUUUCAUUUAUUUAAUAAUAGAUGAGGACCACAAUGAAACAGAAAAUGUUAGAAAUAUUCAAUUGGGCAGAAAGUCAUCUGUGGAUUGGGCAAAAUAGUUAAUGUUUAGGUUGGUGCUCCUCCAUCAGAACCAUACUGACUGCUGUGAUAGUGUCGUGGUUACGUUAUUGGAUGAAUCCAUCUCCAUGGGUGUAAUAAUUACUUGUCACAAUCUCAGCUUUGUUUUUGCUGGUAAUGCCCUCUGCAUCCCUCACUGUACACGGCUGUGGUUUAGGGCCGAUAGAUGUGGGUGAUGGUGUUGAAGCUGAUGGAGCCGACCUCGCCUUUGCUUUGACUCCAUAGCUUGGAAGCCAAGAUGGCAUUGCCAAGCAGUCAGCUUUCUCCCUGGCACUGGUGAUAUCCAGAUCUUCAGCCAUCUACUUCCCAGUCCUCUGUUCUCCUUUGUUCUAAUUUCCUCUUUUUGUUCUGUGGCUGUGAAUGCUGGAGAGUCAAUCAAUUUUUCACGAUUCUGAGGGCAGUAUCAACCCUAACCCGACCCUACCAGUACCCGCCCGGAUCUCACUGCGAUUGCCUCUCACUUUGCCACCCUCUCCAUCUUGGCCCUCAUCUGACUGAGUGCCUGGGCAUGAGUCUAGGUCCUGGACCCUACUCAGCAGCACUACGGGAGCAAAUUCAUCACACGGGGAGCUGCCGUUCAAGAAGGCAGCUCACAAUCACCUUACAGGCAGUAAGGGAUGGAACCAAAAAGCUCCCACAAUGGUCGCCUCCAAUGCAUAGUUUGGACCCAUUGUAGUGGCAAACUCAUCCAGUUUAUUCACACCGUCUGGGGAAAGACCUUGAGCCUGACCUUGCCCAGUUUAGACCCAGGUGUUUUACACUGAUAGGGGGAUGAGUUCAGAAAGGAGGAGGUUUUCUGCCACUUGAGGGUGACCAGGCAUUAAAUGGUGGCCUGCAGCCAGUAUCCACCUCCCGAGAGUGAGCCUUCUAACAAAGAAUAAUAACCCUCUCGCCUGGCAGCCUGUGAUUGACCAAUUUUUACCUGUGGUGGUGGGGGAGGGAUGCAAGGAGGUGUCUAGCAUACCAUACCUUGCAAAAAAAAAGAUUAGGGAAAAUAGACUUAAAACUCAGUAUACACUAUAUGUGGUGAUCCUUCUUGUAUAUAAGUGUAAAUAGCCAGGAUAUUGGUUAGUGUGAACUUGUGUAGUUAUUGUCUUAAUGUCUCAGAAAAAUGUUGCAGAGUUCUAACAGCUUGUUGUAGCUUCCUCUUUUAAGGUAUUUUUACCUCUCUCUGUACUUCUCAUUUCUUAAUAAACCACUCCCCUUAACUUUAUUGAAGAGCAAUAUAGACAUUUUGAAAUGGACUUUAUGUAAAAGUGUGCCUGUGUGUAUGUUGAAAAAAAAACAAUGUUCCGGCAACCCCAAAUGAAUAUUUUUGUUCCUGCUCAAUAGAGAUAGGAUUUGUAUUGUUGCUAAUACACCUAACAUUUUCAUACUAAUAGGAGGCUUCCACACUUUUUUUAAAAUUUAAAACGUUGUCUAUGAAAGCACUUCUAGGUCAAGUUCAUAAAUUCAGAAUUGCUUAUGCAAAGAAAGGCUGGGUGUCCAGUCCUAGCGGACAAUAUCAAGGCCUGAUUUCAUGGUACGAGACAAGUGAUCUCACAGCAAUGAGGAGCUAGGCUAUGAUGAUAUUGUGAUGUGAUGUGAAGCCCUUUGCAAUGCGCUGGCACAUGGAGGGAAGUGUGAAUGUUGGAUGGGAGAAGGAAGCUGGUUGCUUCUCAUUAAUUUUCAGUUCUCUAUUUUGGAUUUCUGCUUAGGUCAAGGAGUUGGAUUGGAGGUCUUUCACUCCAAAGACUGUUAAAUAAUUAGUCUGUAUCUAACCUCUGCUCUCACUGUCCUUCCAGUGUUUGGUGGGACAGUGUAGAGAGGGACUUAGCUCUGUAUCUAACCAGUGCUGUGCCUGAUAUACAUGGGCUGUCUAUUCACAUAGCCAGCAUCGCUGAUACACUGAAAAUGUAAUACCUUGACAAUUGCCCUGGGCAUAUUUAACAGCUUACUGGUUGUGUGUUUGGCACCGAUGGCUGUAACCAGAUUGGGAUCUAAAUCACUCUCUGUCAGUGUGCAUCAGCUAUGUCAGUGCAGCCUGUGAUCCCAACCUCUUUCAGCCUUUGUCCCUAAAAACAUGGUUCCAAUUCAUUAUAAACAUGAGAAAUCCCCUUGCAGCUUUAGCUGGCUGAAUUGUAGAUGGCAAAUAGUCCUGGAACCAACUCCUCCCAGCAUACUUCCAACAAUUCAUUGCUGCUGUGCAAGCCCAAUAGCAUUUGUUAAUUGAGUAUGACCUGAGGGGUAGUGUUGCUGAUUAACAUAUCUGCAAAUUACAUCUGGUGAAGGGGCAAAUUGGAGCAAGUUGUGCCAAAAUAUAUCUAUGUUAUUAUCAACGUCUUAAUUGCUGUCCCCUCCAACUUUGACCGUUGUGGAUUUUAUGCCUCAUUUGAGGAGAGAAUGGUUUAGGUGGACAGAAGAUAAUUGACUUUGGGAUGAGGCACUUCACUUCUAGUGUAGGAUGGGAAGUGAGUGGACACGUUUAGUAAUGGAGGGGUGAGGAGUUUUCUUUGGUCCAUGUUUGGGAUUGGGAAGCAUUGCUAUUAUUCUUUCUACUAGUAGAUUUAAGGAAGGGAGAGAAUGUAUGAUGGGUAAGAAUGUCCAUGGGUUGUGGGAGGAGAAUGGGACAGUCCAUGAUGGAGAUGAUGUCCAUGGGCUGUGGGAGAAGAAUGAGUGGACAGCUACGGUCCAUGAUGGAGAUGAUGUCCAUGGGCUGUGGGAGAAGAAUGAGUGGACAGGUACAGUCCAUGAUGGAGAUGAUGUCCAUGGGCUGCGGGAGAAGAAUGAGUGGACAGGUACAGUCCAUAAUGGAGAUGAUGUCCAUGGGCUGUGGGAGAAGAAUGAGUGGACAGGUACGGUCCAUGAUAGUGACAAUGUCCAUGGGUUGUGUGUGGUUAAGGUCUGUGAUGGGGGUGAGUCUCUAUAGGCUAUAGGAGAUGCAGAGAUUGGAUCGUUUCUGAUGAGCUCAUGAUUGAUGUAGUGGUUGUGCGAAGGCCCAGCUCCCCUCGUACCCACCCACCCCACCACAACCCAAC